AUGCGCUCGUUCCAAUUACUUUCGAUCGCGGCAGCCGCUGCUCCGGCCCUGGCCGACAGUCAUUACUUCUUCUCGGGCUUCUUUUCCGGCAGCACUAUUGUCGGUGUCGAAUUCGAUGACCAGACAGAGUCGCUCACCUUGAAGAACAAUAUCAGCACAGACGCGAGCUCGGGCUCCAAGUGGAUUCACAUCGAUUCCCGCCUGAAGAACCUUUAUGUCGGUACGACUGGUUACUUCCAGAGCUACGCCAUCACAGACGACCUCAGCUUGACGUACAGCAGCAACGUCAGCUUGUCUUCAGACUGUGAGCACCCCCAAAGUAGCAACGCCAACUACAUCACGUCUUCCUCUGCCUCUCCUUACACUGUUUUCGGGACUCCCUAUGGAGGUGGCUGCUCAAGCCUGGCCAUCACCGUCGAUGACGCUGGUGUGCUUCAGGAGGCCACUGCGAAUGUCACAUAUGACAGCGCCGGAGGUGUCCACGGAACAUGGAUGAGCCCCAACAACGACUUCAUCUACUCCGCCGAUGACAUGGGCAACGCCGUCUGGGCUCACUCCUAUGACAACACCACUGGAGAGGUUACAGAAGUCCAGUACCUUGCCGCAGCCGAGGGAUCCAACCCCAGACACUUGACCGUGCACCCCAAUGGCAACUGGGUCUAUGUCGUCUAUGAGGAGGCCAACUCCAUCGCGUCUUACAAACGCGACACGACUACCGGCAAGCUGACUUUCACCAACACCACCUACUCUCUCUUGCCCUCAGGUUACACCAACACGUCGUCCUACUGGGCCGACGAAGUCAUGUUCUCCAUCCCCAGCAGCAACGCUAGCGCCACCGCGCCCAAGUACCUGAUUGCUGCCACCCGCUCCCGCACCGUCGGUGUCCCGGGCUACGUUUCCGCUUUCUCUCUCGACAGCACCACCGGCGCCAUCACCGAGCAGCUGUUCCUCACCCCUACCACGAACAGCGGUGGCUCUGCCAAUGCCGUCUCUCCCGCUAAGUUCAGCGAGGAUUACUUUGCCAUUACGGACAGCGGCUCUAACUUCCUGGAAGUAUGGAAGAUCGACGCUACUGGCUCAUCUACGACUGCGGCAGCUGUCGCGCACCUGGCAUUGGCAUCGGGACCGGCUAAUGUUGUUUGGUACAGCUAA